ACGUACGCCCUGCCUGACCGACCUGCUCCUGCUCCUCCUCCUCCUCAACCAGUUAAGCAGCCUGUCCCUCUUGCGGAGCCAGCUAAAUGGCCAAACGCUGUUCGACCCUCCGGCCUUCCGCGUCCAAGCGGUCUGCGAGCACCUAUUCCUCGUUUGGUAAAGGCCCCACGCAGUCUGAUGAGUGCGUCGUCUUCGGAAAAUGUCAUGACAACGUCCCAACGAACGGUAACAGCGAACACCACCAAACCGACACCGCUAACGCGGCGAGCACUGGCACCCACCGCCAUUCCAGCUGGUGGAAGGGCUGGAACCGCGAGUGGGGUCAUCGGCGCAGAACGUCCUCGUGGCACGGCGCUGCGUCCACCGACAGCCACGCGCCUGCGAACACCCGCGUCCACAGCGCCUCCAGCUUCUCGUCUGGCACAACCGACGGCUGCUCGUCGGGCGCCUGAAACCAAACCCAAACUCGCCUCUCUGGCGCGUAAUGCGACCCGCGGAGCUGGCAGCAACGCCCGAGGCCCUUCCUCGAGACCCCCUCCUCCCGAAUACUAA